GCCGCGCAACCAACCAUCGAACACGCAACGCCGCUUCUCUCAGCCGCCAACACACCGUUUCGCCCUCAACAACACUACGUCCACCGAGGCCAAUUGCAGCAGUUAAAUCGUCUCGCAUCAUAGUACAGCAAAAUGGCCAACGGGUGGAGUGUCAUCAUUGGCCUGGUGGUCGUUGUCGCCAUGGCGAUCGCAGCAUGGUUCUUCUCUCCUAAGGGUGAGAACCAAGUGCUCUGGCGCUCCUCCAUCAUCCUCUCCAUUGCCAGCUGCUUCCUCAUGUGGGCCAUCACAUUCCUCGCGCAACUGCACCCUCUCAUCGAGCCGCGACGGUCGGAUCUGCGCAAGGAGUACAUCCACCACUAGGGUGGAUUCUCGGGGCGGCAAGACGGGCGCGAGGCGGGACCAUGUUCAGCGGCUUGUUGUACGAAUACCCACGGGGUUCCAUACAGAUCCGGGGCGGCGUUUGGGGGCGCGAGGCGGGCAUAUUACGGGUUUUGAUAUUUCGCAUUUGGGUUGGCUUUGAACUGUACAUUCAGCAGACGGCCCCCCUGGCAAAGGCGGGCCAAUACACCACAGUUGCAUCAUAUAUCAAGCACUCACUCAUCCCAUGACG